AUGAUAUGGGAACAUAUCUUCCUCUCUACGGAAGCUACCCGCGGUGUCCCGAAGGAUAUCAUCCUGCAAAGCUGGAACAACGGUCUCGAUAACAUCAAUAAUUCCACAGCCUACGGCUAUAAUAUGAUUAUCUCUUCCUCCGAUUUUCUAGACCUAGACUGCAACUUCACAACCAACCUCACCGAGUCCCAAGAAAAGUAUAUCCUAGGCGCCGAAGCCCCGCUCUGGUCCAAACAAGUCGACGGCGUAACAGUCUCCAGCUUAUUCUGGCCCCAUGCCUCGGCCCUGGGUGAACUUGUCUGGUCCAGUAACCGGGAUGCGCAGGGUCGUAAGCGUACUACGCAGCUUACGCAGCGUUUGCUAAAUUUCUACGAAUACCUCGUUGCGAAUGGCGUUAUGGCUACUGCGCUUGUACUGAAGUAUUGUCUUCAACAUCCCCAUGCUUAUGAUUUAGAUUAUAACCAGACUGCUAUUGUUUAG